AUGGCGACGAGUGUCUCUGCCCGUAGCUCCACUCUUGGGCGUCCUGGGCGUCCGGAGUCUGAAGCUCGUCCCUCCGCUUUUGCCGAAAAGGAUCGUUUUCCCUGUUCCACGCGGCGGAAAGAGGGAUGCCGAGCUUCGUCGUUGCCUGUUUCUUUGCGAGGUGCCAAAUGGCCGGGCGUACCGUCCGUCCUCGUCUCCUGUCUCGUCACUCUCGUCUUCGCCACCGCAACGAAUGUGUCAGAAUCUGCUUCCGAGGUUCGUGGCAAGCACCUUUGCGAAUUCAAGGGAAUCGACUUGAGCAGCGGCCGCGUUAGCAGCUUCGCUGUCGAUACACCCGAGUAUACGAUUCAGUUCGCGACCAAGCAAGCUGAACUGAUCGUGUCCCCUCGCUUCGAAUGCCCGGAAAACAUCGCCCCUCAGCUGCUUCCGAGCGUCUUUGUAAACGGGAACCCCGUUGAUCCUCGAGGAACUCUUGGGACGACUCUCCCCGUCCCAACUGGUCGAUGGUUUGACGUCAAGCUCGAAGUGCGAAACCCGAGCUCCGCGCCGUCUCCCAAGGUGUACACGCUUCAUGUGGAUCAGAGACAGGCGAUUUCGGAACCGUCCCUUCAGACUUUCUCUGUUCAAGACAGCCACGGCAACGCUCUCCCAGUUACGCCUCUCUUCACAAACGCGAAUGACGCGUUCGUGCUCGCGGCUGGAGUCAAUGACGCCUACAUUUCGCUGCAUGCACAGUGUGACCCCUCCAGCGCCUUGUACAUCAACGGGAACAGAAGCCUGCUCAGCGCAUCAGUGAAGGUUCCCCGUGAUGAGCGACAGCCCAGUUCGCUAACCACGGUUGAGUGUCGGCGCACGGGGGAUGGGGAGGCUUCUCAACGCACGUACUUCUUGGAGACGCUGUGGACAAGAACGGACCUCAGCCCUCCCAGCAAGUUGAUUGUUCACGGCACCGGCCGGGCGUGCGAGGUGCUGCCGGCCGAAGAGGCGCGCAUUCUGUGUGAAAACUCCGGCAGGCUCGCCUCGCUCUUCGCUCUCUUCCCGCCUUCUGUUUUCUACAAAGUGGCGAGUGCUGAAGACGACUCCUUCUCAAUCCCCCUGGUGAACGGCGGGUGGACUCCGCGCUUUCCCCUCCGAGCGGAUCUGCAGAUUACAGCGCGCGCCGGUUCCGCUGAGAAGCUCUGGAAGCUCGAUUUCACGCAUCGGACAGUCUCCGGACACGCCUCCGCAUGGCUGAGCACCUUGCAGACGUGCAGCGUACUGUGCUUCUUGCCGGCGCUUCUCGGCAUCUCCGCGAUUCUCUUUCUCGCGCUCUUGACUGGCCAAGGCGGUGCUCGGAAGUUUUCCGAAGUCCCCCUAACGGCUCUCUUCUUCUUCCAAGCUUCGUUCUUCCUGCGCCUCCUCCAGAAGGGUCCAGAUGUCCUGCAAACCAGCACAGCGAUGCUUGGCUGGACUAUGCUCUUCCUCCCUUUGCCCUCCAUAGCAGAAACAAAUGUCGAGCUGGCGGCGGGCUGUUUCGUCGUCUCGGGAGUUCUCCUCGUCAUGACCGGCGUGUUGCGAGCAACCUUCAGAGCGGUGCUGUUCCAGAGAAAACCGGCGGACGCCUUGCCGCACAACUUGCAAUUUGGAAAUUCUGAAUUUCGUCUUCUCCAUGCUCUCUCCUUCCCCCUUGCCGCUGCGGCGGCGAUGCUGAUGGCUGACGCUGACUCCACGCCGAGGUUGCAGCUCGUCGGAAGCCUCGCCGCGCUCUUCUUGACUUCUUAUCACCUCGGCAUAUUCUUCUUCGUUCGCUCGCUCGUCUCCGCCGGACGCGUCUUCUGGCUGUGGAGCCAUCCUCUGCAUGCCGCCGCCGACGCGACGGACGGGAGAUGGUGCGACAUUCGCAGCGAUCAGCUGGUCACCGAACCUGUUCACUGGACGGUUGGGGUCUCGGCUCCGACAGGCGCUUGGUUCGCGCCUGCGGCGCAAAUUUCGCCCAUCACUGUGCGCGGCGCAGCGGCGGCUCCUGGCGCCAAAGACAGUAGCGCGUGGCAGCUGCGCUCAGAAGGGCCGCCGGGCUCCUCGGCUGUGGAUGUCGACGUCCUGCGUCCAAAGCACGGUCCGGCGCUUCUGCCGUGCCUCCGGGACCUCCCCGUGGGUAUUGUCAGGUCUGGGUGGAUCGACACAUUCUUCACGCUUGAGACUCUCACCAAACUCGUCGGCCACCAACGCGAAGUCGGCAACGCGGGAUACUCUCAUUCCCCAAAAGCUCCCGUUGCCUUGCCUCUCACUGUAAAACGACACCAGCUCACGGGACCGAUAACUGCCGGAAGAUUCGCCCUUUUCUUUGAACUCCGCACGCCCUGCUCCCGCAUAGGCGACAGCGUCGUUCGGUCGCUCCUGGGCCUUCUUCUGGGCCUAGCUGCGAGCUUCGAAGGCGUAGUCGCCUCGGCGCUCCUCGUCAGUGCUGCUCUGGUCUCCUUCGCGUGGAUGCUCUACAUCCGCUUGGACCAGCCAUUCCAUCGAGCCGACGAGAACGCCGUCUUUCCGGCGCUCUUCGCCUUGGUGGGCUGCGGCGCCCUCACCUGCCGAGGGCCGGCGGCGCUGCGAACCUCCUUUCUCUCAACUCUCCUUGAGCACAUCUCCGUCUACAUGCUCUUGGCCCUUGCUCUCUACACCGCAUUCGUUGCCGCGUGUCUCGUCUUGGGCGUUGUCUGGCCUGCGCUUCAAGAAAUUCGGCGACUGCCUCGUUUGUGCAACUCGACUCUUUUUCUGACCGAUCGCCAGCGCAACUUCUCUGUCUCCUGUCCCGCUUACAAUCUCUUCCCAGUCAGAAACGUAUUGCUCGAGUGCUCCGCGGGGCCGGGCCCCGCAGCACAGGUCCGGCGGGUGUCUCCGCAUGCAAACGCUUACGCCCAACUGGAAUUUUCCGUCGAGGAGUUCCGCGCCCGCUGCUGUACCGGCGACUUGGAGAAGCCAAGUGCAUGCAUCUUCAUCGACAGCGUCCAGUCUUCUCUGCGCUUCCGAUCGCGCACUGUGUACGCCGGAGACGAUCUCAAAGAAGCGGUUGACAGCUUCCUUGACGAGGAGCCCGCACUUGGGAACACAUAUCCCGAUCUACGCGACUUUCUUCUCGGUGAACUCGAGCGCAGCCAGGGUGACAGCAGCGUGGCGACGAUCGACGUGCGCCUGGUCGGGCCUCAGGCACCGGACGGGCUGGGAAGUUUCCCAGCAACGGCACGCUCGGCGAAUCCAGAUGCCGAACGCUCGUCGGCCGAAGCGGACGCAGGCAUGCAGUUCUCCCGCACCGCUCCACUUUUAGAAAAAUAUUCCUCCGAUGUCAGCCCUUCUCACCGCGCAGACGCGGCUACCAGCCCACUGAGCAGCCGAUCGUGGCGUGAGAUGAGCUAG